GCCACGUGGUGGGGCAGGGAAGCCACGGCCGACCAGAGCCCGGGCGGCUGCCCCAGCUGGGCAGUGCUGCUCUGCGCUGCGCCGCGCUCGGGGCCGGCUCUCCUUUCUCCGCGCUCCCCGCCAGCCGCCCCGGGGCAGGAGGCGCGCCUGACAGACUGCCCGCCAGACAAAGGAGGCGCGGCUCGGCGGAGCCAGCGCGCGGGCGGACGGACCAUGGACUCGGAGCACCGGCGGCCGGCCCCAGCCCUGGGGACCCGACACUCCCGGCCCCGGCCCUAGGCGCCCGGCCCCGCCGCCUGGCGCGCCCAGCUGGGAGGACGCGGAGCCCGCGCGGCGCGAGCAGGCGGCGGCCGCGGAGCAAGAGGGGCGCCGCGACAGGCGGCCCGUGCAGCCCCCGGAGCCAUGGGCAAGUGCAGCGGGCGCUGCACGCUGGUCGCCUUCUGCUGCCUGCAGCUGGUGGCUGCGCUGGAGCGGCAGAUCUUUGACUUCCUGGGCUACCAGUGGGCUCCCAUCCUAGCCAACUUCCUGCACAUCAUGGCAGUCAUCCUGGGCAUCUUUGGCACCGUGCAGUACCGUUCCCGGUACCUCAUCCUGUAUGCAGCCUGGCUGGUGCUCUGGGUUGGCUGGAAUGCGUUUAUCAUCUGCUUCUACUUGGAGGUUGGACAGCUGUCCCAGGACCGGGACUUCAUCAUGACCUUCAACACAUCCCUGCACCGCUCCUGGUGGAUGGAGAAUGGACCAGGCUGCCUGGUGACACCUGUUCUGAACUCCCGCCUGGCUCUGGAGGACCACCAUGUCAUCUCUGUCACUGGCUGCCUGCUUGACUAUCCCUACAUUGAAGCCCUCAGCAGUGCCCUGCAGAUCUUCCUGGCACUGUUCGGCUUCGUGUUCGCCUGCUACGUGAGCAAAGUGUUCCUGGAGGAGGAGGACAGCUUUGACUUCAUCGGCGGCUUUGACUCCUACGGAUACCAGGCGCCCCAGAAGACGUCGCAUUUACAGCUGCAGCCUCUGUACACGUCGGGGUAGCCUCUGCCCCGCGCCCACCUCGGCGCCUCGCCUUGGGUCGCUGGACUGACCGCAGCUGCCUUGAGCUCAGGCCAAGGCGCAGGCGCGCCCCCUGGUGGCCCGCGCGCUCACUGCAGCCUGAGCCCGCCCCCGGGUCUGCAGCCGGAGACGCGGAUUUGGACUUGGACUUGGACUUGGACUUGGCUCUUCGCAGCCCGGACUUCGGAGGAGUGGGGCGGGGCGGGGGAGGGGCACCGCGGGUUUUUUGUUUUUUGUUUGUUUGUUUGUUUGUUUUUAAUCUCAGCCUUGGCGUGAGCUGGGGCCUUCCUCUCUUCUCCAGCCUCUCUUUCACCCUUCACCCAGCAUCCUGCCCCCCUGUCCAAAAACAGCAGGACAUCACACCCAUCCCAUCCCACCACACUCACUCACCAGCUCUGGGGAAAGCUACUGUGACCUAGGAGCAGGAGUCCUGCGUUCUAAUCGCAGGUCCAACACUGACUGUGACAUCUGGCUAAGCCCUUGCCCUCUCAGGGCCUCGGUUUCCCCUCCUCAAGUAAUUAAUCCCUUAGCAAAUGGACUCUUUUAGACUUCUCAUUUAACUCAAUUCCAUGAGCUAGACUGGGAUUAAAAUUCCCAUUUUGCAGUACAUUAAAACUGAGGCCCAGAGAUGCAAUUUGCUUGAGGCCACACAGCUAGAUUUUUGGUGGAAGUGGGCCUUGAACACAGUGUACUUUCUGCAGUUUCUGACUGUAAAACCCAUGUCUGCUCUCUUGAGUUCUGUUUCCAAGCCCCCCUCCAGCUUGGACCCAUGUGGGCUCCACCAUAUUCACACACCACCGCCACCACUUGCCAAUGCCUCUCUUAAAGCAAUAUACCCAUUCGUUCUCUUAUUGGGAACCGGAUGGACAGAGCCCUAAAUUCAGCCCCACCCACAGAGAAGCCUUCCUGCGCUCAGCCUCUGUCCACCCUUGGCAAAUCUUUCAAGCUCUCUCCUCCAGGAAAGUGGGGCCCCAACUCAGUCACCCCACCCCCUUCCAGGUCCCUGAGGCUGGUUCUACUGUAUCCCCAUCCCCUCCACAACUCCACUCACCCCUGAUGGCUCCAUCCACCUCACCAGUUGGAAGGCUUGUGGUUCCAGAGGGGAUCAAUGCUGGUCAGCGCUGCCCAGACUCCAGUGUUUACAGAUCACCAGCGUUUACAACCAAUUCAAUGGCCAGAAGCCUCCUCUAACAAGCCCACAAGGAGUUCUGAAGGGGCAGGUGGGGGUGUGAGUAGUGGAGGAGUCAGGAUUGCCAGCACCCUCACCCUUCCUUGGGGGCAAGUAGAGGCGAGAACACUUUCCCCACCUCCCUCCACAGACACUCCUGAGGACCCUGCAUCCCACACACUGCCUGGUGUGUCCAUAGAUGAGAGGAUCAGGCCUCAGCAUUUCAUCUGUGAAAGAGGUGUGGCCCUGGGUUAGAAAGGAGGGCAGGAGGUAUGGAGGAACUGGGGGGACACCCAGAUGGUGUGUGUGGUUUGCACACCUGAGCCUGUCUGGUGACCACUUCGCUCCUCGCCCACUACCCUCCAAUCUAUCAUUCCCUACUCUCUAUGGCCAAAAUAUCCUGAGCAAGGCUGACAACCCCACCCCACCAUCCCAACUGCAAGCAGCCAGCCCCAGGAGUUCCUCUGGCCCCCACAGGCAUGGAGCUCCUAGCUGCUGGGUUUAGCUCAAGAGGGGGGCAGCUCCCUCAGGCUAAGCUGCUGCCGUUCACUGGGCCAGCCCGGCCUCCAGCCCCCAAUUCUCUCAACCCCACUCUCCCAGGCCCCUUUCUACUCAACAGGUGCAGCCACUGGUGCUUUGAAGCCUUUUGUUUUUAUAAGAUGGUUUUUGUAAGGGGACCAGGUUCUCUUUUCACUGGGACCUUGUAAGGAGGGGAGUGCUCUCCUGGUUUCUGUGCAGGUGGGUUGAUUAAAGACGGUGUUUUCUUCUCUA